AACGCCAAUAUUUUUCGUAUUAAAAUUUUAUGUUGAUAUCAUUAGAUUUUUGGCGCCGUAUGCAGUCUUCUAUAGAGCAUUGUCAGGAUUUUUGAAGUAUGUUAACAAGUAUCCGUACAGUAAGAUGUAACCGGACAAGUUAUUCAAGGAAAAAGACGAGCAAAGGAUCUCGGACAAGGAACCAUUUCUUCUUGGAUUAAUCAGGUCGCUCCCACAAUUCCCUGUCACAGGUAUGGCUGCCUGCAAUAUAUUCGACGAAGAUGAAGUGUGUAUGGUAACCGAUAAAGGCUGUGUAUACGGGCUGGUACUGGAAAAUUCGGAGUAUGUCAGCAGUGAUGAAGAACAGAACGAUCCAGAUCAAUUUUGCGACUGUGUACGGCGGGGUACUGUUCGUGUAGCAUGGCAUCCAGACGGCAAAGAAUCGGUCGUUCCAGAGUGCAAGCUUAUUUUGGCGGACCGUUCUUUAAUGCCUGGAGAUUGUGUUCGCCGUCUGAUUCAGGGAGAAGAUAGCCAAAGAGGCUAUGUUCAAGACAUGACGGUGAAAUGUUGUCUUCAAGUAAUGGGCACCAAAAAAUAUAUUGAUAACGUCGACAGCAGAGAUUUGCUUCCUAUUCGGGAGUGGAGCCCAGAACCAGGUGAUGUUGUCCUUGAUUCUUGGGUUGGCCGAAUUGAUGUCGUAAAUGUGAUUGUAACAUUACGUUUUCCAGACGGUGCUAAAUGUGAAAUUCAAGAUGUUGACAUCUUUAGCUUUGAAGACCUCAAUGAAAAGAGAGGAAAGCAUACAGAAUUUGUAAACCGGUAUUAUUAUCCUGGGCAACAGCUUCGCGGUGUGAUGGGUGACCUUCGAGAUGUUGAGUGGAUUCAGACAACUCAUCUUUACAAUAAAAACACUGCACACAAUAAACCUCGUAUGAAUGUUAUUGCAAUUGUGGAAGAGGUGAAAACCAAAGACGUUGAAGUGCAUUGGUCUUGUUGUGGGUUUAAAAAUGGUUCCAAUGUUGAAGCACCACCAUUUAUUGUUAAGAAAGACGAUAUAAAAAGAAUGCAGAAAUUAGAUUGGUUUCACCACAGCUCUAUUCAAAUCGGAGACAAAUGUUACUAUACAAUCACGGAGAGUGAUGUUGUACUAAAGAGCCAACCAAAAUAUCAUAACCCCCCCGACUUACAAAAUGGAGGGGAUGCUUGCAAGAACAGCCUAGUCAAUGGCUUUACACCAAAUAAUAUGAAGAAGGUAAAAGAUAGAAGUCAUGAGAACGAGUCAACAGUGACACCUGAUGCCAACGACCAGUGUGUACCUGAAGUCAUCGAUAAUGUGUGUGUGACGAGCAUUGAUGAAAUUGAGAAUCUUGAAGAAUACGAGGAACUAGAGGACGAGGAGGAAUCUGAUAAAGCUUCCGCGUCUGGACAAUCGAAUGCUUCUAGUUCUUCGCUACGCAGGAAGAGAGCUUUUCAGCAUGGUCCUGCACUGAAGACCCGUCUUAUGAAGAGAGUGCGAGGGAGAAAGGCCCGUCAGAAAUUGAUUUUACCUGAAAGGGAGUUGAAACCUGGGGAAAAAAUACCUGUAGAAGUCUGUUACACUUUUUCUCUAGUUAAUGUUGUCUGGCAGGAUGGUUCAAUAGAAUUAGGGAUACCAUCUCCAGAAUUAUUUCCUAUUCACCAUUUAGAUGAAUUAGAAUUUUUUCCUGGAGAUUACGUUUUGGAUGCAAAGGAUUCUGCUACCAGUAAUAUCUAUGGGGUGGUUUAUAGUUGCAAUCAUGCCGAAAGGACCUGUUUGGUAAAAUGGAUGAAAGUUUAUGACGCUGGGAAAUCUAAUAGACCUGAAGAAAUAUCGCUAAAAAGUGAAGUGAGUGUCUAUGACAUAAAAGACCAUCCUUAUUACAAGUACCGGCCGGGGUAUGCAGUUAUCAGAGUUGAUGGUGCAGAUGAGAACAGCAAUGGUGAUAUAGAAGCUGCUGGUCAGGUGUAUCAGCUAGAUCCUCAGGGCUUUGUUCUAAUCAAAUGGCCAAGUAGUAAAGUUUCUUGCUGCUACCCACAAGAGCUUUUUAUUGUUGGAGAUGAGCUGAGUGAAAUCAGUUCUGAUGAAUCUUCUGAAGAUGAUGAUGAAGAUGACGAUAACAUCAGUGAUUGUAGUUGGGUGACAGAAAAUGAAGAGGAAAUAGAUCCAGAUACUUUAGAGCCUAAAUCUCCAUCUCCAAAACCUGCUGCAGAACAGAGUUCACGGUGUGGAACAUAUGACGAACGGAAGGAGCAUUUGGAUAAUUUAAUUCAGCGUGGUAACAGAGCUUUGUCUCGCCUUUUGACUUUGAUCAAGAACAAUGAUCCAGGCUACCCUUACAAUGUUCUCAAAAUGUUCUACAACUGCCAAAGUCUCGAUAUGUUGUUAAAAAUGUAUCAUUUCGUCGAUCCCGAUAUCAAUGAUUUGGUUUUACAAAUCUCUGAGGAGAUACACAAACGGCUGAACACUAACACAGCAUGUAACAGUCACUCUGACAGCUGUAUACCACUUACAACUUCUCCUAACAAACGGCCAUCAAAUUUAUUGAUGGCAACAAAACAAUACAUCUCAAAUGUUGCUGGUAAGGAAUCAAGUGUAGACAAAGCUAAUAUGACAACCAAAGAGGAUAGUUCCAAAGACUCAGGGGCAUCUGCCACAAGUGAAAGCUCGGCCUGUAGUUCUGGUGUUUUAGAUAAUCCGGUUACUCGGAAAUCUCCAACAAAUAAAAAGACAGAAGCAGGGAGUUCUCCAGAUCCGAACAUACAAUUGGACUUUGACGAGUUGAUCUUUUCAACUCAGGACUUUAAAAAUUUCAAUCCCGAUUGUACAAAGUGGAAUGAAAAUACAAAGGACUCGUGUUUACGUCUUGUAAAACUGCUGCAGGACAGAAUUGGUCGGACGCUGAAGGAAGUGAACAAGAAAUGGCGGAAACGAAUACUGGAAGCCACAAAGAACAGUCCUUUCUGUGAUGAUAUGCAUAAAGAUAAAGGUAUUCAAACUGAGAGUGAUUUUGUCGAUGAUGUCGAGGCUCCACCUGGUCUUGAUUGGUUUUCUCUAUCCAGUUGGCCCAAUAAAAACAAAUCCAUUCAAACAAGCUCAGAGGCAGAUAUAAAAAAUGUUUCAGAUUCUAAUGAUACUUGUAAAAAUGUUAGUUCUGCUACAUCUGAGAAAUCUCCAGAGGGAAAUGAAAUCGACAUCACUGCUGCAAACCUUGUUAAAGAGACCCUAAAUUCCCUUGACACCACCGUUGUUGAACAUGACCCUGCAGUCUGCAAUGAAAAUGGCUUCCAAAUCGUUGAGGGGUCUCCAAGUUGUCAUCAUUUCUGUAAUCAUACUCACCUCAGCAGCCAAAGAUCUUUCUUCAUGUCUCUUAAGCGAGAGUCAAAGUUAUUAAAAACUAGUCUUCCUGAUGGUAUUUUUGUUAAAGAAUUUGAAGAGAGAAUGGACUUAUUCUCAGUGAUGAUAGUUGGGCCUUCAAAUACGCCCUAUGAAGAUGGUCUAUUUAUUUUCGAUGUCCAGUUGCCAAAUGAUUACCCUGCAUCACCACCCAGGUUCCAUUAUUUGUCCUACUGUGCUGAUCGACUCAACCCUAAUCUUUAUGAAGAUGGUAAAGUCUGUGUAAGCUUAUUGGGUACUUGGUCUGGCAAGGGUAAUGAAGUAUGGACUCAGGAGUCUAAUUUACUUCAAGUACUUGUUUCAAUACAAGGUUUAAUUUUAGUGUCUGAACCUUACUACAAUGAAGCUGGUUAUGAGAAACAGCGUGGGACUCAGCAGGGAGUAGAGAACAGUCGGAUGUAUAAUGAAAUGGCUAUAGUGAAAGUUGUGCAAUCAAUGAGCAAUAUGGUUAACAACCCACCAAAUUUGUUUAUCCAUGAAGUUCGUGAUCAUUUGCGGAUUAAUGGUCCAAGAAUGAUUAAACGAUUAACAAAAUGGCUCGAACUCUCUGACAAAGUAUCAGCCGCAGAAUCAGCAGCUAACGAUGGUUUAUGCAACAAUUCAACACAGCUACAGACGAAUGCUACAGUCCCAAACUGCCAACCUGCCUCCUCCCAGCCUCUAUUAUUGCACCUUCCAAACGCUGAUAUUUCAACUGAGAUUUCCAACUCUGCUGCUCUCUCUGUAUUGUCCAACAGGGAACGGUGUGCAACUCCAGAGUUCCCUCUUCUGCCAGCAUCUCGUGGUUUUUGUUUGUCUUUGCAGAAGCAGCUAGAAUCAUUUCAAACUGUACUAGAGAAUCUAGAUAAGAAAAAAGUCUAAUGCAAAACAAAAAAACAAAAAAAAAAAACAAAAAAGGAAAAAAAAAAAAAAUUAAUAAUAAUAAUGUCAAGAUCUGUUUCUUUUGUUCUAUAUUCUUGUCGCAAUCUUAAAACUCUCCCUUCAUUCUGGAAUCAUUAUUUCAUUUGCAUGUUCAGCAUGUGUGGGUGUGUGUGUGUGUGCGUUUGUGUGUGUCUGUGUGAAGUGAUGUCCCUUACAGACAUGAAAUACACUCACCUGCGUCCAAGGCAGUUGCUAGGGAGAGGUGAGACAGGGCUUUAUUGUGAAAGUCUAGAGAUUGAAGUGGGACAAAAUAAUUUAUAGUAUUUUUGGCUGAUUUGUUGACAAGGUUUCAUUUUUUAUUUUUUUUUUAUUUUUACUCCCCCCCUUUCCUACCCCGCCCCCACCGUGACUGUCAUCUAUAUUUCCGAGAAACUGGAGUUCUGUUUCAAUUCUCACUUUUACAUUUUCUAAAUCCCCCCCUCCUCUUUUCUCCUCUCCCCUUCCAUUGUAAAAAAGAAAAAAAGCGAAAAAAAUUCUAAUAUUUUUGGUUUUCCUUCAGUUUUUUUUUUUUUUUUUUGUUUCUCUUUAUAUUAUUUAAGAUGUUAUUUUUUGCUCCAUUAAAAUUGAAACCUCUCCCCCCCACACAUACAUCUAUACCCUCACACACAAACACACACAGAAUCCUCACUCAACUAAGAAACACUGUAAAUUCACAUUAAAAUAGCUGCUGGCCUAUUUUAAUUUUUGCAAUUGUCCUUGAUAUUUCUUUAUGGCAGUGUUAAAUAAAAUGACAGCACACACACACACACACACACACAAACACACACAGAAUCCUCACUCAACUAAGAACACUGUAAAUUCACAUUAAAAUAGCUGCUGGCCUAUUUUAAUUUUUGCAAUUGUCCUUGAUAUUUCUUUAUGGCAGUGUUAAAUAAAAUGACAGCACACACACACAAAAACAUAUAUAGUUUUACUUGAAAUUCAACUAACAAAAA